ACAAAAAACACGGUCCAGCAACUAAACGAAUUAAACUAAUAAAACGACAGCAAAAAUUCACAAGCCGCAAAAAAAGCCAUAAAAGCAAAUUGUAUGAAAACCUGUUUUCACGUCUAAGCUGGUGUUGUUAGUCAGCUAGCUCCACCAAUUUGGUUGUGCUCUAUGCACUUAGUAGUUUAGUUUGAUUGACAGUAACAGCAAGAAGAUCUAAGCGGAACGAUGGUGUGGACCUGGUAGAAGAUUGCUACUUGCAUACGUUUUAAAGUGAAAAAUUAAGCUUCCCUCAGUGCAAUUCGAUUGGUGCAGAAUAAAGAACAGCUGGCGGUGAAAUCACCAGUAGUAACUGCAGUAGCAAAUCUAUUUAUGCCACAGCUGGUCAAGGAAACCGGCUUUUUGUAUGCAGUAACCUUGGCGAAUUGACAUUCACCUGUAUGGAACGUGUACUAUCUUAAAUAAACAAUGUAUUCCAGCAAGUACUAUUUAGCGCAAUAGUUAAAGUUGGCGUGGCAAUUUAAGCACUGCAAUUGUAACGAAUGUACUUAAAUAGGAAAGGAAAGUAAUAUAAAAAGCUGUGAAAAUGUAUCUCAAAUAUCUUUUAAUACUCAAGCUUCUAAGUCAGCUCACGUUUUCGUGUGUAAAUGCCGAGGUUUCACCCGGAUCUAUCAAAUAUACGCCAAUACCUUUGCCAAAUUUACCAACAGAACAUUUAAUACGCUACCUAAAUACGUUCCCGCAAGUACGUGAACAUUGUGUAAAAAAUGAAGAUUGUCUGCGCAUAAUUAAAGUUAACGCCUCUACGAGUAGUUUAAAUGACGAAAUUAUACCCACAUUAGACACGUUAAGCGCAUGUUGGGGUCAUGAACUUGACUGUGAUGUGAAUAAACGUUUUCAAACGCCCACUUGCCCCGGCGAACAUCACGGUUGGGUGCAAAGCAAAACGGCACAAGUGAAUACAUUCUACCAGCAAGCGGAUUUCGGUUAUAUACAAACUCAAAUCAACGAAUUGUCACUUAUAUGUGAGCCGCGCUAUAUCACCGAUUCCUCGUUGGAAUGUAGUAAAUAUUUGCGCUUUUGUCGCGGACGCAAUUUGCUCUUUGACUUUCGUGACCUAGCACAACGUAAGGAAUUAAUACGUUAUCACAUGGAUGUGCUGAAACCACAUCAGCUGUUAGGACACUGCCAGUUGAAUCGCACGCGUUUAGCGGCGGAAUUCGACCAUAUGGGCGCACUACAGUCUUGGGCGCCUGAGUUACGCAACUUUGAUGUUUUACCCACACCACUAAUGGCGAGUGGUGCGUGCGACUUGGUUGUUGAUACGCCCACAUUUAUUAUGAAAAUCGACGCUACUUAUAACAUGUAUCAUCAUUUCUGCGAUUUUUUUAAUUUAUACGCAUCACUAUUCGUAAAUCAAUCACAUCCGUUGGCGUUUCAUACAGAUUCACGCAUAUUGAUUUGGGAAACCUAUCCGUACGAUUCGCCAUUUGCUGAGACAUUCAAGGCAUUUUCCGACAAACCCAUAUGGACAUUAAACGAUGUGAAAGGAAAACGUGUGUGCUUUCGGAAUGUGGUGUUGCCGCUAUUGCCACGCAUGAUCUUUGGAUUGUUCUAUAACACACCGCUGAUACAUGGCUGUCAAGGUAGCGGUCUAUUUCGUGCAUUCUCGGAAUUCGUUUUACAUCGCUUACAAAUACCAUAUCGCCCUCCACGACCACAAACUAAAUUACGCAUUACAUUCCUAUCGCGCCGCACAAAAUUUAGACAAGUUUUAAAUGAAGAUCAGCUGCUGGAAGAAAUCGGUGCGAACAGUAGCUACCACGUGCAACGUAUUUCAUUUGAAAGGGGCCUCUCCUUCAGUCAGCAAUUGGCUAUAACGCGUAACACAGAUAUACUUAUCGGCAUGCAUGGUGCUGGUCUCACCCAUCUGCUUUUCUUGCCGAAUUGGGCUACGAUUUUCGAGUUGUAUAAUUGUGAAGACCCCAAUUGUUAUAAGGAUUUAGCGCGCUUGCGUGGCGUUAACUAUAUUACGUGGGAACGUGAUGAAUUACUUUAUCCACAGGAUGAAGGUCAUCAUCCGCAGGGUGGUGCCCAUGCCAAAUUCACAAAUUAUCGUUUUGAUACAAAGGAAUUCACACGACUUGUGGCAAAAGCAGCCGAUCUAGUGUAUACACAUAAUGAAUUCCAGCAGUUUCAGACGCAGAAAACUGACCAGCAGCCGUCCAGCCAAAGUGGAAGCGAACAGAUUUUGCAGCCAAAGGAAGAGCUGUAAACGGAUUUUUUUUUUUAAAGCAGUAUUUUCAAAGUUAAGUAAUUGUGAUCUUGAAUAAAAUUUAAGUUGAAACUUAAAUUAUACAUUUUAUAUGCGUUUGUAAAUUACUUUGUUUUCUCUGUCUAUUUGAACAUUAUAAUAAAAAAAUAUUUUAUUUAUUAUAGUAAAGGGUAA